AUGUCAGUAAUUUAUAAUUGUGAAUCCUGUGACUUUUUUUCAGAAGGAGAUAAGGCUGAAGCUGAGGCUGAAGCUGUUUUUGAAGCUGAACCUGAUGCUGAAGCUCACACUGAUGCUGAAGUUGAGGCUGAAGCUAACAUUGAUGCUGAAGUUGAGGCUAAAACUGAACAUGAGGCUGAAGCUGAAACUGGGGAUGAAGCUCACAUUGAUGCUGAAGUUGAGGCUCAAGCUGAAACUGAACAUGAGACUGAAGCUGAGGCUAAAACUGAACAUGAGGCUGAAGCUGAAACUGGGGAUGAAGCUCACAUUGAUGCUGAAGUUGAGGCUCAAGCUGAAACUGAACAUGAGACUGAAGCUGAGGCUAAAACUGAACAUGAGGCUGAAGUUGAGGCUGACACUGAAGCUGAAACUGAGACUGAAGCCGAGUCUAAAACUGAACCUGAGGCUGAACCUGACACUGAGGAUGAAGCUCACAUUGAUGCUGAAGUUGAGGCUCAAGCUGAAACUGAACAUGAGGCUGAAGCUGAGGCUAAAACUGAACAUGAGGCUGAAGUUCAGCCUGACACUGAAACUGAACCUGAGACUGAAGCUGAGACUAAAACUGAACCUGAGGCUGAAGUUGAAGUUGACACUGAAGCAGAACCUGAUGCUGAAUGUGCUGCUGAAGAAAGAAAGACGGAUGACGCUGAAACAGAGAACAGCACAUCUCUGGAUGGAGCAAAUGGCAAUGAUGCAGACGAGCCUGCUGAAAGCAUCAGGAAAGGAAAUGAGAAAAAGAAAAGGACCAGGAGAGGGACACGAGGCAGAGGGAGAAAGAUCAAUUACAAAAAGGUCCAGGACAACAAAGCAGGGAUGCUGAAAGAGGUGGAUGAUGGAGCGGAGGCCGAAGCUAUCGGUGACCUGAUGAACAUCCUCCUGGAUGAGACAGAGGAAACUAAUGGCCCAUCUCUGGCAGGAGAAAGUGGGGAGAUCACGAUGAGUGCUGACAUUGAAGCUGAGGCUGAAGCCUUUAAUGGUUUCCUCACCGUCCUCCUGGAGGAGAUAAGGGACAAGAUCAACCUGCCUCUGGGGAUGCUGCAAGAGGUGGAUGAUGGGGCGGAGGCUGAUGCCAUCAAGCAGCUCCUGAACGUCUUCCUGGAUCAGGCAGGCGAAAUGAUUGACCUGCCUCUGGGUAAGUAAAGAAAAUAAAUUAUAAUCUGUGAAUAAUAUUUCAAUUACAAAUUUAAAUACAAUUCACGUUGACAAAGUGCUAUGAGGAUUUGCAAAAACAAAUCAUACAAGCUUACAUUAAAUUAAAUGAACUGCGAGAAAAUAAAGGAAACUAAAUUUUGCUGUUAGAAAACUGACAAUAUUAACUUAUUUAAAAACAGGGAUGCUAAA